AAAUUGUCUAAAAAAGUAAAGAAAUCAGAAACGGAAGCCGAAUCAAUCCCUCUGGUGCUGCUUUGCUACAACUUACAACCUCAAACUCAAACAAACUCCCCAAUAUAUAUCUAUUCUUGGAUUAGAACCCCAAGAAUAGAUGAAGCAUGGGAAAAAGGAAAUCCAAACUCGAAAACCCCAAAAGCAAAAUUCAGACUGCCGUCCGUUCAUCGUCAGUCCCCCCGUGGAUCGAUCUUCCAAGAGAUGUUACGGCUAACAUUCUGCACAGGCUCGGCGCCAUUGAAAUACUGGAGACCGCACAGAAAGUGUGUGCUACCUGGCGGAGUGUGUGCCAGGAUCCUGCCAUGUGGCGAGUGAUUGAAAUGAAAUAUCUGGAUGGCCCUGACUGGCCCUACGACCUUAAUCUUAUGUGCAGUCACGCUGUGGACCGUAGCCAGGGACAGUUGAUCGACAUUCAUAUUGAGUAUCUCGGCGACGAUCAAUUGAUGCAACACAUUUCUCAGCGAUCAAGUCAUCUCAGGCGCCUUACACUUGCAUGUUGCUAUGAUAUAUCGUGCGAAGCUUUGAUUGAAGCAGUCAAAAGGUUUCCGGAGUUGGAGGAGUUGCACCUCAUUAUCAUGCCAUCAGUCCUUGCUGGAGAUAUUGAAACUAUUGGCAUUUCUUGCCCUAAGUUGAAAUCGUUUACAUUCAAUGAACGUGGAUGUAUGUAUCCACUUUUAGAAGAAUCAGAACUUGAUGAGUUUGCAGAAGAAGCAGAUUGCAAUGAGUGUGCAGUGGCAGUUGCAAAGACGAUGCCUAAUUUGCGCCAUCUUCGACUUUUUGCAAAUGAGAUGAAAAAUGAGGGGCUGCAAGCCAUUCUUGAUGGUUGUCCACACCUUGAAUCGCUUGAUCUCCGACAAUGCUAUGGUAUUGAUCUUGGAGGGGUUUUAGGCAAAAGAUGCUGUCAGCAGAUAAAGCAUUUGAAACUCCCUUCUGACUCUGUUGCUGAUUAUGAGUGGGAUGCUGGUGAUUCGUGUGAAGAGGAUGGCAACUCAUCGUGGUGUUCUGAUAAGUACUCUUGGGGAUAUUUUGACGACUACACUAACCCUUUCCCCAGUGAAUACUUUUCUGAUGAUGAAAUUUGGUUCCUUGGCCACGACUAUCUCUGAGCUUGGAAUAGGUUGACAAUGAGGAGAUUCUUGCUGCUCAUUCGUAGUUCCUAACUUAAUUCUGUUUCUUACGACCUACAGCAAGUCAAUCCUCUGGUCUUAGCCUUUAGCACUUCAUUAUCAAUUGUCGAUUGAAUUGCCUAAAGUAUCAAUAUCAGCUCUCUUUCUCUCUCAUCUUCUUUUGUAGGUUUAGUUUGCUGGAAGGAAGCACUGGUUGUUUCGUUGGAAGAAUCAAAUUGUUUUGGCAGCAUUUCGGAGCUUCAACCGAGAGGUGGCAGCUUUGUUUUCUCAUAUAUAGUGAUCGGAGUUGGAGUGAUAGGGGCUUUUCCUGCGAGUGACCCUUUCAACUAUCUUUCGUGGCUUUUACCUAUCUAUGUACUCUGAGGCUCCUACUGAAUUCCUUUAUUUCUAAACUCUUGUGAAUAUUUAUUAUCAUAUCACAUCAUCUCUGGUAUGAAUGUGGAAUGCUUAUGAUUUAAGGGCUUCAAAAGUUUGGGUUGGAUUAUUA